UGGACGUUUUCAGUUAUUCGCGAGUCGUAGGCGAGCGAGCAUGUUCGCCGAUCCCGCGGUGUUCUACAAAACAUCGCUCGGAACUUCCUAACUUUGUGACAACUUGUGAUUGUGAACUAUUGACACUGACUUGUAAAUAAGUUUUCAAAAUUAAUUAGUUUUGUUGUAUAAUCGUAAAUAAAUCAUAUGGGAAGGAUACACGAAUAAACUUGCUUCCACAAAAUGGACGAUAAGACCAGUGAUUGAACCCAAAACGCGAGCAAGAAAUGGUGUUGUUAUUAGUGAAAGUGAAAAGGACCUGACAAUAUGUGCAAAAACGUGAAGAGUGUGUCAUGGGAGACGGAGACCCUGAUGGGUACUCCCCCCAAGUCCAAGUGGGGGAGCUUCGAGCCCAGGGCGGCGCUGUCCCAUGUGGGCCUCUUCGUAGCUCUCAUGUUGUACACCGGCGGCGGAGGGUUGGUAUUUCGAGCUCUGGAGUAUCCAGCUGAAAUGGCCAAGCAAGAGUUUCACAGAGAGCGACUGCUUACAGAGAGAUGGAACUUAAUACGUUUCGUGUCUGAACGCAGCAAUAAUGGCACUGAUAUUGAUGGCAAUGACAAAUUGCUCAGCGAACAUUUAGCUGUAUAUGAGAGGGUGCUGGAAGAAGCAUCCUCGAGUGGAUUGGCACUGGAAGUUGAGAACAAUUUUCCUCCGGUUGAAGAAAAAUGGAGUAUACUGCAAGCUGUGUUCUUUUCUUCGACUGUGCUCACCACUAUAGGAUAUGGUAACAUAGUUCCAGAGACCUUUUGGGGGAGAUUGUUUUGUAUCGCCUAUGCACUUAUUGGAAUACCCCUGACAUUGACUGUUAUUGCGGACUUGGGUCGUGUAUUUGCUACACUUGUUUCAAUAAUAGCUAAGCAACUGCCUGCGAUGCCCAAGUGUUGUAGUCGAGUUUCUGAAGCCAAUCCUGCUGGGCAAAGAUCAUUAUAUGCCCUGGGAGCUGUUGGCUUUUUAUUCCUGUAUUUAUCGGCGGGUGCAGGCCUAUUUAAAAUGUGGGAAGAUGACUGGACUUUCUACGAUGGAUUUUAUUUUUGCUUCAUCACUAUGACCACCAUUGGAUUUGGUGAUAUCGUCCCUAAAAGGCCAAAGUACAUGUUGAUAUGUACGGUUUACAUUUUAAUCGGUUUGGCACUGACUUCAACGAUUAUCGAGCUGGUGCGGCGGCAGUAUGCCAGAUCUUGGCAGCAACUUCGGGCGCUUUCCGGCCCGUUGGCAGACACGCUACGAAGGCUGGGUGACGCCGGCCGAGGGGUGGAUGUCUCUGCACUGCACAGCGAUCUUCGCAAAGUACUUACAGUGAAAAGCUAUACCGGUCCCGAUACUAUGGUAAAACCUCGGACCUCACCUCCCAAGGUGACUAUGCCACGGCUAAGCAGCAAUGGUGGGAGUGCUCUCUCUGACAAAAGAAGACUGGAGUGGGAGGCCGCAGUGGACGCUGUCAUCAGAGACAUCACAGCCCCCAUCCCUACUCAGAAACCUCCUAUAGUUCAAAUUGUUAUCUACGAAUCGUCAGUUUAGACUAAAUGGAAAUUAGAAAGUAAAAAUCAAUAUAGACAUCAAUGACACAAGCUCAAUUGCCGACACAUUACUACUGUAAUGCUUUUAUUAUUGCCACUGCUGACGCCAUAAUUUCCAUUUAUAAUACGAGCCUUGAUCACGGCCGCUCUCGUUCCGCGUGAUAUUUAGACAUUACGCGUCAAAGUUCAAGGUUAGUUACCCUUGUUGGUCGAAUUAAAGCACCUAAUACAAAAUCGCUGAAAUACCGCCUUGUUAUGAUUAUUGUUAGGGCAGCUAUAAUGAGAAAACUCUUAAGCAUGUGGAUUUGUUUGCGUGCCAACAUCACAAAAAGAAGUGUUUAUAAUCAUCGGAAUUUUGACGUUUUUUGUUAUGACUGGAUGCUUUAUUGUCUAGACAAGUGUGAUGAAUUUAUUUAUUUUAUAGGCUACUCUCAGUAAUGGUUGAGCGAGUGGUUUGUAUCAUUAUCUAAAACAUUUUACAAUGUAUUCACGUCUUUGAAUGUGUCGCAGAAAUAAAUGGCGCGUCUCGUUGCACUGUCGUGUGUCGUGUCGGAAGUGUACCGAUCGUUAACGUGAUACAUUACACCUACGGACAAUAAAGCUUGUAUAAACAAAUGUUACUCGAAAACUAAACGACGAUAUAGUUUCGUGUAAAGUUAAGAUUUUCAUAGAAUUAUGAAGUAUCUGAAUUGUAAUUUAUAGACUAACCAGAAGAUUGGUCACUUGGAGAUGUACUAGUUAACAUGAAUUGACUAAUUUUGGAUAAUAGCGUGGUUUCACGAAUUCUAGCUGCAAAAAACUAUCUAAAGCAGCGAUUAGUCGCCGGAUUUCGUUGAAAUUAUAUGCUAUUGUAAAUAUAUGAAUACAAGCUUCUCAAGUGGCGAUUCAUUGUACACAGACUAUCAUAUACUUAGUUAUAUUUUUAAAUAGUUAUUAAUUUAGUUUUACAUGAGCGUUUGUUAUAGUUAUUUAUUUUGAAGGAUAAUUAAUUUUAGGUAUAUUUAUUUUUAAAUACGUGCAAUAUUUUUAAUUUAGAAUAUUUAGUUUAUUGUUAUUUAUGUUGUGAGAAAAAAAGGAUAAAUAUUUAGAAAAAGUCACAUAUAAUUAGUUUGGAUUUCACAUUCGUUUAUCCAAUUAAUAAGGGAAGUGGAAAAUCUUUUGGAAAAUGUCUGCAAAAUAUGAGAAUACAUAAAGCUAAGGGGAAGGCCGUGAGGUAACUCUACAGGGUAGGAGUUAAAGUUUGUAUCAGACCAAGUAUACAAGGAGUAGGUAAUAGUGAUAGGAACGAAAACGUCACGUAUUUAGGUGAGUACCAUUAUUACUUACAUUAUUAAAUUUAGGCAAUCUAUUAGAUUUAAUAGUAAAAUUAGUUAACUAAGCACAGUCUGAAACUAUCAUGCAAUAUGUCGUGUGUCUCGAAACCAAAUUGAAAAGGACCUAAAUAUUCAUUAGUAUUAUUUCAUUAUACUAAUAUUGCGUUUAUCUCUCAUAACAGGCACCUACCUAUGUGAAAUUAGAUUUAAGUAUUUAUUUAAUAAGUAUUUAACAAUUAGAAUUUUUAAUAUCUUUAUGAAAUUGUAUUAGGUAUAUAAAUGCCCUUUCAAAUGCAGACUAAGAGAGCACUAGUAUAAGUAUUUCAUCACGAAUACAUUUGUUGAAUACAUUAAUUAAAAAUACCGAUUUACUUCUUAGCAGCGUGCUCGGACGCGGCUCAUGAAGAAGAGUCCCGCUGUGACCUGAAACUAAAAGUCUUUUUUAUAUGUUACAUGAGUAAACCGGUAUUUUUAAAUAAUUUAGCAUGUCUCACGGUGGUUUGUUGAAUACAGUUGUUUCAUUUGCGGUGAUGGCAUUAACUGAGUUUUCAUUAUCUUAAUGAUGCUAGUUCAUGCCAAGCAAAACGCUAGAAGCCGGUAUUAAAUGUGCUCUUUGCUCAUUGGAUAAAUGGAAUGAUUAUAUGAAUAUUGAAUAUACGUGUGUGUUAUGAACAGAAGGCCGCUUUUCUAAAUCAAAUAAUCCAAUCAUUUGAAAAGACAUUAAUUGUUUAAAAUUUGACACAUGGCAACAUUAAUGUAGCUCUAUCUUAUAUCACAUCCUGUAAUAGUGUAAGCAGUUUGGCAGAUGUUGUAAUUUCAAGUUUAUGCCUGCCUAAACUUGUCUGUAUUUAAUGACAAAGCAACGUCAAUUUUUUAAUGCAAUUUCUUACUUUAAUACAAAACUAUAUGAUGAACUGAAGCUGAAAUUAAGUAAAUAAAUUGUUUAUUAAUUUA